AUGUUAAAAUUAAAGAAUUUAUAUUCAUUUUCUGUGAGCUCUUAAAAAAAAACAAAGAGAUGGUAUAUGGAACACAUUAAUGAUUUCUAUGUUAAAGAAUCUAAAAGAGUAUUAGAAACUAUUAAAUUAGUUAUAAUUAAGAAGUAGGGCUGCUUUUAAAUUGAUGUAAAUUGAUGAGAAAUAUAAAAUCUAUAAAUCUAACUAAUAUGUUUUAGAUUUGGGAGCAGCUCCUGGUAGUUGGUCUUAAGUAGUGUCUGAAAAAUGUAAAGUUGUGGCAAUUGAUCUAUUGGAAGUGUUACCAAUAUAAAAUGUUAAAUUUAUAUAAGGAGAUAUUAUGGAUAAAUCAAUAAUGAAAUAAAUUAGAAAUCAUAAAUUUGAUGUUGUUCUUUCAGAUAUGGCACCCAAUGUUUCUGGAGAACAUGAAGCAGAUCAUUAAGGAAUAACUACAUUAAAUUAAAUAGCAUUGCUUUGUAAAUGAAUAUUUUGAUUAAUCAAAGUGAGUACUUUUACAUUAAAAACUGAUGGUAACUUAGUAAUGAAAACCUUUGUAGGAAGUGAAGAAAAACUCAAUUAUGUAUUAUAUCCAGAAAUAUUAUAUUUAGGACUUUUUUAGAUUAUUUUUCAAAGAAUUUUAUAGAGAAAAACCUUUAAGUUCUAAAUAGGAAUCAAGUGAGUUAUUUUAUAUUGGGAAAGGAUUUUCAUCUGAUUUAAUAAAAUAAAUAUUAGAAAAUACAGAAAAAUUAUAUCAAUACCCAGAGUAAAUAUAAAGUAGAUUGAAAAAUUUGAUAAUUGAUUAUAAAAUGUUUGAAUGA